UCCGGCGGAAGGGAAAAGAGAGAGAGAAAGGGGGCUCCAUCUGAUGGAGGUUCAGUGAGGAAGAGGCAGAAGAAGAUGUUCCACUAGUAGAAGAGAGAACCCCCGCCCGGCCCCCUCAGUGGAGAUGGAAACCCAUCAAGAAAUGCCUCUGUGCUCCAUUUCCUCAGCUCCAUGCCCCAAGGAGGCACCACCUGUCCUAGAAAAGCAGCCACCAGCCCAGGAAUCAAUGGGAAAACCAUCUUCUAAAAGACCAAGAGGAAGACCGAAAGGAAGCACAAACAAGAGUCCUUCUCAAGCGGCUCAAAAGGAACCAGCAGGAGAGCCAUCUCCUAAAAGACCGAGAGGUAGACCGAAAGGAAGCAAAAACAAGAGUCCAUCUAAAGCAGCUCAGAAGGAACCAACAGGAGAACCAUCUCCUAAAAGAUCAAGAGGAAGACCGAAAGGAAGCAAAAACAAGAAUCCAUCUGUAGCAGCUCAGAAGAAACCAACGGAAAGGCCAUAUCCUAAAAGACCAAGAGGAAGACCUAAAGGAAGCAAAAACAAGGGUCUAUUUCAAGCAGCUCAGAAGGUGCCAUACAACAAGCGAGCCAGCGGGCAGGAGGGGAGCAAAAGAUGGGGAACACCAGUGAGUGGACAAGAAAGAGAGCAAUCCCAGCAAGCAAAUAGAGCCUUGUUGAUCACACAAGGUGAAGAAGGUAGCCAGCCUUUGACUUCUUCUGUGGCAGCAGCCCAGGAGCAAUCUGCCAGCAGAGAACCACUGAAGAGGGGACAAGGGAGACCUAGGAAGCAGCCACAACUCCCAGUCUCCUUUGAAGAAAUGGCUGUUUAUUUCAUCAAGGAGGAGCAGGAUCUCAUGGAUCAGGGCCAUAGUUCUCUCUACAAGGAAGUCAGAAUGAAAGAUAAUGGGAACAUGGUGUCUCCAGGAGGUAAUGAACAGGAGAAGGAACGUUUUGUGGAGGCAUCCAUGCGAUCACCAGAAACAACAAAGACUCUUGUGGAGAAAGAGUCCUUUGGAAAUCAAAAGGAAUUGAAAAGGCAAAAGAGAAACAAAUCAAAGAAUUGGAGAAAGAACUCCUCGGUUUCUCAGGAGCAGGAUAUUUGUGAACUCCUGACUCAGCAGGAAAACUAUAAAGAGAAAAAAAGGAUAAACUGUUCUGUCUGUGGAAAAAUAUUCCAAUCUAAAUUUCACUUAAACAUACAUUGCAGGAUUCACACAGUGGAAAAACCAUAUGAGUGCCUGAAAGGCGGAAAGUGCUGCAGUCGGACUGGACAUCUUCCUGCAUAUCAAAGAACCCCAGUAGAGGAGAAAUCAUAUAAAUGCAUGGAAUGUGGAAAUAGUUUCAGUCAGAGAGCGCAUCUACAUUCACAUCAAAAAACCCACACAGUGGAGAAACCAUAUAAAUGCAUGGAAUGUGGAAAGAGCUUCAGCGAGAGUGGAGAUCUAAAGUUACAUCAGAGAACCCACAAAGGGAAGAAGCCAUAUAUGUGCAUGGAAUGUGGAAAGAGCUUCAGUAACCAUUCAAAACUACGUAAACAUCAAAAAACCAACAAAGGGGAGAAACCAUAUAAAUGCACAAAAUGUGGAAAGACCUUCCGUCAGAAUGUACAUCUACAUUCACAUCAGAGAACCCCCACAGGUGAGAAGCCGUAUAUGUGCAUGGAAUAUGGAAAGAGUUUCAAUAAUAGUGGAAGUCUUCGUUCACAUCAGAAAAUCCACACAGGGGAGAAAUCGCAUAAAUGCAUAGACUGUGGAAAGACCUUCUCUUUUAUGCAAACUUUACGUUCACAUCAAAGAACUCACACGGGAGAGAGGCCAUAUAUGUGCAUGGUAUGUGGAAAGAGCUUCUACUGGAUUGGAAGUCUACGCUUACAUCAGAGAUUCCACACAGGGGAAAAACCAUACAAAUGCCUAAAGUGUGGAAGGACCUUCUCUCAUAAUCAUAAUUUACAUUCCCAUCAAAGAACCCACACAGGAGAGAAACCAUAUAAAUGCAUACAAUGUGGAAAGGGCUUCAGUCAGAGUAUUCAUCUUAGUAGCGCUAGUCCGAUUUUUAUUUUCCCGACGUGGUGGUGGUGGUGGUGGUUUCUGCCCAAAUGUUCUAGUGCCCACUACACUACAAAAUUCCAGGAUCCAUGGGACAUAGUCAGAGUAGUUAAAGGGAAAUCAUAGGGACCUUUUACACUAAACUAUGAGUCUACCUCUAAACUAUAGUGCUAAACUAUAGCACUACGAGUCCAUUUGUGUUGCAGUGGCUGCAUGCUAUGAAACUGUGGGAUAUGUAGCUUGGGAGGUACUAGAGCUCUGCCUGAGAAUUCUAAAUGCCCCUCCCUAAGCUUCAAAUCCCAGGAUUCCAUAGGAUGAUGUCCUGGUGGAUAAAGUGGAAUCAUAGUAUAGUAAUGAAGUAUUGUAAAAGGGCCCUGAGAAGGGAGCAGCCAUGGGGCUCCAACCCAGUGAUGGUGGUUAGCCCAGCCCCACAUACAAGACGCAGCUUUUGGGGGCUCUAAAGUAUGGAUCAGCAUCUUUGAUCUGUUUCCUUUCCCAUUCCAAGGUGGAUUUUCUGGGGACAAGUCUUUUACCUCACAAGAGCACCAUGACUGAGCAGCCAUUUCUCCUGCUUCUGUCAUAAGCUUACCUUGCACCACUCUGGCUGAACUACCAGAUUAGCGGACAGUUCAAAAAUGGUCCAGGUAGUCCUGGGUCCUUUUUCCAGGCAGAGCCAGGCAGAGAAAUGCCUUUCCAAUGCUUUAAAGGAAGAGCUUUCCUCUGCUGUGGUUGGUCUCCUCCAGGGCAGGUGAGAUCCAGGUGGAAACGGCCACCUUCCUCUGAACAUGGAGGCUCUCUUUAGCCAGCAUUCAGUGAAACAAAUAGAGUGAUAGUAUACAGUGUUGCUUUACCUCUUGACCAAUUGGGAACCAUUCAGUUUCUCCAUAUUAAAAAGGCAUUUUCCCAGCAAAGUUGUGAGAUUGUGGCAAAUAUUUUCAGACGACGUCACAAAAAGGACUUAUCCCAGGAAGUAACAGGAAUGCCCAACCAACAAACCAUUCAUGGGAUUUGCUCCUGCAGCAUUCCUGUUUCUUCCCGGGUUAAGUCUUCUCUAAUUGUGACGUCGUCUGAAAAUCUUUGCCCGUGAACUCUAACUUUGCUAGGAAAAUCCCUUUUUAAUGCCAGCUUUUCCUGGCUUUCCCCCUGUGGUAAAGUCUUUAGGCCUUUCUGGGAAGGCUUUCUCUCAGUCCUGUCACCAUUGCAGGCACUCUGGAAUCUGAGCAAGUAAAAGCCAAAUACCAACCUUGUGGAUCCCAAAACUAGCACUAAGCUGGCAUUUGGGCUAGUACUGGGGGCUCUCAGAAGUCAUUGGUUGCAACUCCAGUAGAUCCAACCUGCAAUGGGGAAUUAUGGGAACUGUAGCCUAAUAACAUGUAGAGGGCUACACAAUUCCCAUCUCUGCUCCAGUAGUACUACAGUACUGUAUUUGGUCUUUGUGUAACUGUUUUUCUUAUAACCUGCUUAUGUUUUCUGGCUCCAGUUUCCUGUGAGCUUAAUAAGUUUUGGGUUGUGUCACAUUAGUUCCCAAUGGCUUGGUGUUUGAUUCCCAUUCUGUGUUUUCAGCUGAGCUUUAAGGUUCUCCUUAACCUUUUUUAGAUUUAAAAAAAAAUAUGUGUAUUUGUGUGAGAGGGAUUGAUUAAUACUCAAAAAUAUAGCAUAUUUAAAUGCUUAUAUGAAAAUAAAAUAAAUAUGUAAAUCUCGUUUAUCUUUGUUAGUUCUCUGGGAUAAAUCAUUAUUGCUCAACUUCUGUGUAGGCCAGGCACCAGCCACACAAGACCAAGUGGAAGUGAGGCAACAACCUGCAACAAUUCCACAAGACACACUUUCUACUGCCUGUUCCAGGCACAGCACACUUUCUAUACAGUUACUCUCAUCAAAUUCACCAGUUUUACACUAUUACCUGCAUGGAGCCACAAAACCAAAGGGGUCCCUGUGGGAUUGUGGUGACUUUCCUCUCAUUUUCAAUUUUGUGUGGCAGGUGUCUGACCUACAUGGAAGUUGGCAUCUUGGGCUUUUUGAUUGUGUUCUGGAUGGUUUCUUUGCAUUAAGGACUAGUUUUUUAAAGGCAUAUCUGGCAAGCUUCAGCUUUAAAACAUUUUUCACAGGCAUGCCAAACACAUCCAAAUGAGGUUGGUCUCAGUGUCUGUCAAAAACAAUCCAUUCAGCCAUUGCGUUUCUUUUUCAGCUUUUGUUCAGUCCCCUUUCAGGCUGCUGUUGUUAAAUUCUUGACCAGAAAUAUGCAAGGAAAACAUACCUCUACUGAGGACACCAUGCUCAGCAGUGCUCCAAGAGGGCUGCACAGUUUAUACAUAGGGGUGCAGGUGAGAGCUCAGCCACACUCUCCAGGAGAGCAAUCCAUGCACCUCAAAGUCCACGUUGCGAAAUGCAUGAGGAGUGCAGCCAGCAUGGGUGAAUCCUGCCAAAUUAAUCCAAAGCCAAAGGCACAGGUUUUGGGGAUACAAGGCUCAGCAGAAAAGGACCUUGGAAUUAUUGUUCAUUGUAAGCCUCCAUUAGUAGAAAUAUACUUUCCUAAAGCGAAUUCUAAUGUGUUUUAAAUAAUAUUUCAGAUUAAAUGAAGAGUGCAAAGGAAAGAAGGAAGGAAGAAUUCUUAAUUUCAGUAAUAGAUAAUCAGAAAAAUUUUGCAGAAAAUAACCCAAAUCAUCAGUUAGGAUAUGAACGUGUGAUAGUAGUAACCCUAAACGCGGUAGCUAGUUUUUUAUUUCUUUUCCUUUUGUUUUGUUUUGUUAAUUGUAUGUUCGUCUAUGUAAUGUCAUGUUUAUGAACAUUUAUUAUGUUUUACUAUGUAUAUGUAUGUGUGUGUGUGUGUG